UGGCACGCGCCGUUCCAUUGUAUACGAAACGAUCCCUUUCAAAGCCUGAAGAAUGUUACCCUCUUCGUAGUAACCUUGGCCGGCUUACCUCCAUUAUUCCACUUGGUAUUUAGGACCCUUACUAACGUUGCUAAGUUUGUUUAGUGAUGGAAACGUGGUGGGCAUGGGGUGCAUGGCAAGUUCACAGAAAAUCAGCGUCGCAACUUAUUCUGAACCGAUGAAGUUGAGUAAGAAAUCGUCCUUGAAGUUGAAUAAGAACGAGACCGUGCUGGCGGCGCUGACGCGGAUUGAUGAUGAGAUAGCGAGGAGUGAGAAGAAUCAGCCAGCAGCCAGGCUCGCUGUGGUAGCAGCUGAGCUGGAGAGCAUACAGCUGGAAAUCAAGUCUUUCGAAGAGUGCACAGCAACAGUUACUAAAGACACUUAUGCUAAGACUAUGCACCAGUUGUUUGUAAGUUUAGACCUAUACAGACGACCGAUGUUGGCAUCAGAAAACGAGGACUUCGUUGCUAACGUCAAUAGGAAGGAGAUGCGUCGUCUAGAACUGAGUUGGUUGCGCACUCGGUAUGCGGAGUUGGUGCGUGAGCGCCGAGUGUUGCACGCACAGAUCCUGCGCACGAGAUCACUGUACGCACAGUUACAGCACUUACUGGACUCAAUUUGGGGCAAUAAUACUCGUCCAGGCAGUUCACAAGAGAAUGCACUGACGAAAGCAAUAGGGUUGCGAGAUGCAUUAGCUGCAGUGUCAGCGAGACUGCGCGCGGCCGCGGAGUAUGCGCACGCGGCGGUCAGACUGUUAGACGACGCCAUGCCUGCAUGGAAGCUUACUACCGUCGGCAAGAGUGGAUGGGAGAGGUCGACAGCAGUGGCGGAUGCGUGCGCGCAGCUGGUGGCGGCGCGGUGCGCGGAGCGAGGCGCGCGCCGUGUGCUGGCCGCGCCCGCCGCGCCGCGCGCCGCACGCGCACUGCGCCUCGCGCUUGACUACGCAUUCACUGAUGCUGUACAUGACCACAAGUAA